AUGACGGGACGGGGGAUCGAGCCAAACCCCGAGAAGGUCAGAGCGAUAAUGGAGAUGCAACCCCCCCGAUCAGUCAAGGAUGUUCAGCGACUGACCGGUCGACUAGCAGCGCUUAGCCGUUUCUUAUCCAAGUCAGCCGAAAAGUCUCUACCGUUCUUUCAGAUUUUGAAAAAAUCGAAUGGCUUUGAGUGGACGCCGGCGUGUCAAUCGGCUUUUGAAGAUUUGAAGGUGUACUUGAGCUCCGCACCAGUCCUCUCGAAGCCAGAGAAAGAUGAGGUCUUGUUCGUUUAUUUGGCUGUGUCCGACCGAGCGGUCAGCUCCGUACUCGUCCGUGAAGAAAACAAGGGAAUCCAGAAGCCGAUCUACUACGUGAGCAAAGCUCUUCAAGGACCGGAGUUGAGGUACACAAAAUUUGAGAAGACAUCGUUAGCGCUCUGGGUAACAGCCAGAAGACUUGCAGCCUACUUCCAGGCUCACCCGAUAGUAGUGCUAACCGAUCAACCGUUGGGAACGAUCCUCAGGAAUCCAACAUCGUCAGGGCGACUAAUCAAAUGGGCUAUGAUGCUCACCCAGUUCGCGAUUGAGUAUAAGCCCCGUCCUGCCAUCAAGAGUCAAGCAUUGGUUGAUUUCAUUGUCGAAUGCACCGCACGCGACCCAGAACCCGACCGACCGACUGCACUGGAAGAACCGUGGUGGGAAGUUUCUACUGAUGGGUCGUCAAGCAAAAAGGGAUGUGGGGGUGGAAUUGUGCUCACCUCCCCUGAGGGCUUCAAGAUUUAUCAAGCCUUGAUUUUUAAAUUCCAACCUACCAACAACGAAGCAGAAUACGAGGCGCUUAUCGGCGGGUUGCGACUGGCUAAGCAGAUGAAGGCCGAACGGUUAAGGGCACGAUCAGACUCCCGACUGAUAAUCGGACAGCUAUCCAGCACGAUCGAUGCAAAGGAGGACCGGAUGAUACAGUACAAGGAUAUUGCGCUCGAACUAUUACAACAAUUCAAAAAAUACGAGCUGAUCCAAAUACCAAGGAUGGAGAACACGGACGCUGACAUGCUCUCCAAGUUGACUCAAGAAGCUCCUGAAUACGUGUCCAAGAUCGCACGCAUUGAAGAAAUCGGAGCGCCAAGCAUUGACAUCAUAGAGGUCCGACCGGUCGAGAUAGGCGAGCCAGACUGGAUGUACGACUUGAAGAAUUACAUCGCCAACGGCACUAUACCUGACGACUCCUCCCGGGCAAAGAAAGUUAAGUUGAGGGCACCGCGCUUCCAAUUGGUCGAUGAUAGACUCUACAAAAGAUCAUAUGGUGGACCGCUUCUUCGGUGUUUAACCAGCGACGAGGCGAAAAUUGUGAUGGAAGAAGUUCAUGAGGGGAUCUGUUCUGCCCAUCAAGGACCGAGAACACUCGCGCAAAAGAUCAUUCUGAUGGGUUAUUACUGGCCUUCGAUCAACUUGGAUUGCGAGUAG